AUGUCCGGUCGGGCCCUUCGCCGCAGCCGCCGCGCAGCGCUGCUGCUCUUGCUGCUGGCUCUACUGGCAGUGCAUGGCGCCCUGGCGCCCGCUCUCGCCGGCGGCGUCCCCACCGACAGCGAGGAUGCCGACUCGCCGGCCAUCUCCGCCGGCCGGCCACAGGGCAACAGCACCACCACCACCACCACCACCGCGAGCAACCACACCGACAGCCAUGGCAACAGCAACAACAACCACACCGGCAAUGGCGGCAACAGCACCACGGCGCCCGGCACCAGGGCCGACCGGCAACUGGGGCUCCGGCCCCUGGACGCACGUAUGCCGGUGGACGUGGUGAAGAACAUCCCCUCGCCCCGGGCGGUGGAGCACCUGCGCUCACUGCGCCUGACCCAGGACCCGUGCUUGCUGCGGGUGUACACCCGGCUGCGGCAAACCUGCCAGCACAUCGCCGACGACCCGGACCUCCAGGGCACCCUGGCCCUGGGCUGGUUUGACUGCCAGCGCGUGCGCCUCGGCCAGGCCCCCAUCGCCUGCACCUACGGGCUGCAUGACGCCCUGGACCAGGGGCCCGAUGACCAUGCGGAGGCUGAGGCCGAGCUCCCGGCCGCCGGGGCCCCGGCCCGCCGGCUGCCAGGCGCCGACCGGGCCGCCGGGCAGGACGCCCCGGCGGCGGCCCUGCCCCUGGCGCGGGACGCCUCGCUCGAGCAGUGCCUCCAGCGCCUGGAGGACCGCCACGACCACACGGCCUACCAUCUUUACACGCUGCAAGUGAGCGACGUGUGCAAGUCCCUCGAGGCCGAUUCGUGGCAGCUGCGCGCGUCAUCGGCCGCCAGCAUGCUGGCCGAGGCGGUGGAGCAGCUGGGCCACGGCCUCUUCGCCAUGGACACCUUCGCCGAGGACAUCCUUCUGCGCAUCAAGCGCCGUGAGGACCUGGUCGAGGAAGCUUUUAGCGCACACGACCGGCUGCUGAGCAGCUCGCGCAACCGGCUUCGCGACAUCGAGACCUCGGCCGGGGCCGUGGUCGACAGCGUGUCCUCGCUGCAGGAGCAGCUGCAGCAGGUGCGCGGCGCGCUGGCCGGCCGCGCGGCCCCGGCCCGGCGCCUGCUGGCCGUGGCCCACAUCCUCCCGGUGUAUGUGCUCCUGUGGCAGGGGGAGAAGCUGCUGGGUGCCCUCGCACAGCAGGUCCUCCUGCCACUGGUGCCGGGCUGGGCGGCGGGGCCGGCCGCGCCGGGGGCCGGCCUGGCCGGCUUCGGGCCCCUGCUCGGGCUGCUGGCCCUGCUGGACUUGGCCCUGGUGUGCUUGCGCCCGGAGGGGCCCGGGCCCGGGUCGGCCCCGGGCGCCGGGCCGGCCAUCUGGCUGCUGGCACAGGUGGCCCAGCACCCGGGGCUCGGGCUGGUCGGGCGUCUGGUGGCCGGGCUGUUGCCGGCGGCCGGGGGCUCGGGUGCCGGGCCCGACCCGGCCGCCGAGUUCCUGCCGCUGGAAAUGGCCGGCGCCCUGCCGGGCCUGCUGGUCCCCAUGCUGUCGGAUGUGACCCUUCCCCGGGCGGCCUUCCUGGCCCUGUGGACUGGCCGCCUGGCGGAGGGACUGUGGCGUGUGGCCCGUCGCCUGGCGCCCGGCGGCUCGGCCGGCCACCCGAGCACCCGGACCGGGCAGCCGCGGCGCAUGGCCACCGCGCGCAUGCCACCCGGCCUCUUCACCUCGGCGGACCCCUCGCUCUCGGUGCACCCGAUCGUCUACAGCCCCAGCCUGGAUGGCUACCAGUGCGUCAUGGACCUGGACCAGCAGCAGCAGCAGCAGCAACAGCAGUGGGCGGCGGCCGCGGCAGAGGGCCACACGGCCCCCGGGGGAGACUACCAUCGGCUGGACGCGGAGGAGGAGGAGCAGGCGGCGGCGGCGGCCGCGGCGCAAGCGCGCCAGGAAGCCGCCCGGCGCCGGUCGUGGUUCGCGCCGGCCAUUCGCCGCGGGUCCAUCGCCCCGGGCCUCGGGGCCGACGGCCCCCUCCGGAGCCAGUCCGACGGUCGGUUGUACCGAUCCCCGGGCCGGGACCACCCGAAGACGGUGGAAUUCGAGCCCCGGCGCGCGGCGUCCAUGUGCCUGAGCGAUGUCGAUACCAUGCCGCAGGCGGCCGGCCUGGCGCGCGCGGACGACAACCACCCGCCGGCGAUGGCCUCCGGGCGUGCUCAGGCCCUGCUCGUGGACCUGGUCAGUCGGCUGCGCGGUGGCGCGGCCGACCGCACCGCCCCGAAGGCGGUCAUCUACUCGUCGUACUGUGUGGGUGGCGGCCGGGCGGCCGACCCCAUGGCCGCUGACUCCCACAGCAAGGGCUUCCACUCGGCUCCGCCCCCGCCGCCGUACCACCAGGACUUCGAGGGGCUCCUGGCCAGCGAAGGGCUUUUCCAGCAGCGCACUGACCCGCCGCCGGGGUACCAUUCGGACGGUGCCGGCGGCCUGGUGGCCACGUGA